GCUCCGAGCCGCCACGUGACGCCAUGCUCCGCGUGCGCUGCCUGCUGCUGGUGUUGGCCGCAUGUGCGGCGUGUCUGCAGGCGUUCCCGAGCGGCGCGCCUGUCGAGGCCUGCCUGAGGGGCAUGACGCCCAACCACGGCAACUCGCGCUCGGAUGACCCCGGCUCCAGCCCGUUCGUCGUCACCCGCCGGACGCGCCGCGACAGGGUCGAAGUGUCCAUCCACGCGGUGGGAGGCGCCUACAUAAAGGGCUUCAUGAUCCAGGCGCGUGACCCGGCCACGGGGCGCGCCGCGCGCGACCAGGGCAAGUGGCGGGAGGUGGAAAACGUGAAGCAGCUGCCCGAGUGUGCUGCCGUCACGCACGGCGAUCGGAACAAGAAGACCAGCAUCGCCGUCACCUGGGAGGGACGCGGCGAUGUGGCUAUCUACGCCACCGUGCUCCAGUCAUACUCCCUGUACUGGGCCAACGUGGAGGCGGUGGAGGAAAAGUCUCUCGGGGGACCCGGCCCGUCCGGGCCCGGGCUCGGAGGCCCGGCGAGGGGCCGCCCCCUGAGGCCGAGACCCAGCCCGGGCUUCUCGCCGAGCUCUCCUGGGUUCUUCCCGAACUCCCAGAGGUUCCCGCCGAACCCCCAGAAGUUCUCGUCGAAUCGCCAGAAGUUCUCGCCGAACUCCCAGAGGUUCUCGCCGAACCCCCAGAAGUUCUCGCCGGACUCCCAGAGGUUUUCGCCGAACUCCCAGGGGUUCCCGCCGAGCUCUCAGGGUUUCUUCCGCCCACCGUUCGGCAAUCAGAAGUGAGGAGUGCGAAGAUAAAUCAGCAUUAUGAAGAAAGGAGAACUACGUAAGACUUCAAUGAGGAGAAGCACAUCGACAAGAAAAGCAACCUAAAAGAUCGCAUGCUUCCCACACGCCGCUCACGCCGUAACUGACCUGCACGGCUGGGGCGUACUUAUCAUAUGAGGGUUUUUACGAGGUUUAUAUGGCGUCAUUGAAUGACUCUUACGUUUUGGAAAGUGACUGAAUGGUGUGUCGAGCCGAAGAUGUGUCGCAAUAAUGUCAACAGUAAGCUGUUUUGUCUCGGAACUUAGUACGCCUCCGGAUCAUUUCCAUGACAUCCUCGGGUGAACGUGCUUCGAAUAUGAAUACCCCGAUGCGUCUGACAUGAAAUAU